UGAAUAUUGUGUUCUGGACUCUGGAGCAAGCUAGAAGUUUUCAUUGCAUCCCAUAGGCAAACUUUUAGAUGAAAGUCACAAAUCUUACAUUUGGAUCAUAUUCCAUAAAUCCAUUGAUCUUCACCUUUUCAUCUGAGAAAUGGGUUUCAACAGCUGUGCAAUUUUGUUCUCUAUGCUGUCCAUACAGUGUUGUUAUUUGUUAAAUAUUGUUAUUGCUAUAGACACCAUCACCUCAUCUCAAUUCAUCAAGGAUCCUGAAACUCUAAGCUCCAAAGAUGGUAACUUCACCUUGGGGUUCUUUAGCCCUGGGAAUUCCACAUACCGCUACGUUGGAAUUUGGUGGAAAUCUCCAUCCACAGUCAUAUGGGUGGCUAACAGAAACCAACCACUGAAUGAUUCUUCUGGGGUUGUCACAAUAUCUGAAGAUGGAAACCUUGUGGUAUUGAAUGGACACAAAACACUCAUUUGGUCAUCAAAUGUUUCAAACACAUCCAACAGAACUAGGUCCACGUUUUCAGGUUUUGGUAAACUUGUCCUUUUGGAAACCACAAAAGGAAACAUCUUAUGGCAUAGUAUACAGCAUGCUUCAGACACAAUACUACCAGGUAUGAAACUUACAAGCAAUGAAACAAGAAGAAGUGAGAAACAUAAACUCACAUCAUGGAAAAGUCCUUCUGAUCCUUCUUUUGGGAGCUUCUCUUCUUGGAGUGUCAAUCGCCCAUAUAUGCCUGAAGUGUUCAUUUGGAAGGAAACAAUACCAUAUUGGAGAAGUGGACCAUGGAAUGGAAGGGUCUUUACAGGGAUACAAGGGAUGGAAUAUGCAUAUGUUAAUGGUUUUUAUGGUGGAGAUGAUGGAGAAGGAAAUAUUGAUAUCUAUUAUAUAACAAGAAAUGAGUCGGAACCAGUGAUCUAUAAUCUGAAUUGGCAAGGCCAGUAUCAAGCCAAAUGUUGGGAUGAUGAGAAGGAUGAAAUGCGAAUUUUAUGGACUAGCCAAGAAUCAGAGUGUGAUGUGUAUGGUACAUGUGGGGCAUUUGCAAUCUGUAGUUCUCAAAGCUCACCAAUAUGCAGCUGUUUGAGAGGGUUUGAGCCCAAGAACAAAGAGGAGUGGAAUAGUCAAAAUUGGACUAGUGGGUGUGUUAGGAGGACAAGUUUGGAGUGUGAUGGGGUCAACAAUACUAAAACAAAUGCUGAUGGGUUUCUGAAAUUGGAAAUGGUUAAAGUACCAGAUUCUGCAGGAGGGUCACCUGUUGAACCAGACUUAUGCAGAAGCCAAUGCUUGGAGAAUUGCUCCUGCAUUGCAUAUUCUCAUGAUGGUGGGAUUGGCUGCAUGUCUUGGAAUGGAAAUCUACUUGACAUACAACAAUUCUCAGAAGGAGGACUUGAUCUAUAUGUUCGCGUAGCCUACACAGAACUUGAUCAUGGGACAAACACAACAAUCAUCAUCACAGUUACAGUGACAGUAGGAUCUAUCAUAAUUGUUGUUUUUGCCUAUAUUAUGUGGAGAAGAAGGGCUUCUAAUCAUCCAGCUAAACUGUGGCACUGUUUUAGAUCAACAAGGGGAAAGAACAACAAAGCUUUCCCUCUAUUUAAUGAAGUUGGAACAUCUGAAGAAUAUAAAGAUGACAACAUAAUUGAAGAAUUGUCACAAGUUAAUCCCAAGGAGCUAAUACUAUUUGAUUUUGAAAAGGUUGCAAUUGCCACAAACACCUUCCAUUUUUCUAACAAACUUGGACAAGGUGGUUUUGGUCUGGUAUACAAGGGGAAACUGCAAGAUGGUCAAGAAAUAGCAGUUAAAAGACUUUCUAGAGCAUCUGGACAAGGGCUAGAAGAAUUCAAGAAUGAAGUAGUGGUACUUUGUAAGCUUCAACACCGCAAUCUUGUAAGACUUCUAGGUUGCUGCAUUGGAGGUGGUGAAAAGAUGUUGAUAUAUGAGUACAUGCCAAAUAAAAGUUUGGAUGCAAAUAUCUUUGAUCCAUCCAAAAAUAAAGCCUUAGAUUGGAGGACACGAUGUGGCAUAAUUGAAGGAGUAGCUCGAGGAUUGCUUUAUCUUCAUAGAGAUUCAAGACUAAGAAUCAUACACAGAGAUUUGAAGCCAAGUAAUAUCUUGUUAGAUGAGGAGCUGAAUCCAAAAAUAUCAGAUUUUGGUAUGGCUAGAAUCUUUGGAAGGAGUGAAGAUCAGGCCAAUACAGGAAGAAUUGUUGGAACUUAUGGUUACAUGUCCCCUGAAUAUGCAAUGCAAGGACUGUUUUCAGAGAAAUCAGAUGUCUUCAGCUUUGGUGUUCUGAUACUAGAGAUUGUUAGUGGGAAAAGAAACUCAAGCUUUUAUGACAACGAGCAUGCUCUCAGCCUUUUAGGAUUUGCCUGGAUACAAUGGAGGGAAGGCAGUAUCUCAUCUUUAAUAGAUCCAAGCAUGUAUGAUCCCAGUCAUCAGAAGUCUAUUAUAAGGUGCCUACAUAUAGGGCUUCUGUGUGUGCAAGAACAUGCUGUGGACAGACCAACUAUGGCUACAGUGAUUUCUAUGCUUAAUAGUGAUGUUGAAAUUCUUCCUCCUCCAAGUCAACCAGCAUUCAUCUUGAGGAAGAACAUGUUGAGUUCAGUGUCAUAUGAAGAAAGGCAUGAAGUAUCUUCCAUCAAUACAAUCAGCUUGACUGACAUCUAUGCUAGAUAGUGUCCACUUUGAUCCUUGCUUGUGUAUUUUCUGAUGUAUCCAAUUUAACAAAGAUCAAUUGUUAGUGUUCAUUCUUCUUAGUAGACUAGAGGGUAAUAAUGGCUUACACAUGGUGCUUUAAAGUGUGCAAGAAGAGCUUGUAAUAGAUAGACAACUCGAUCUGGCCUGGCACUUGUGACUUUGUAAAUCUUCAUUGUCCAAGGCAGUGUGAUUUAGCAGAGCUGUCAAUGUUUAAUGCAUUGUCCUCUGAAAAUAGUAAGAAUAAGCUUCAACAAUAA